AUGACAGCCUGCCACUUUCUCCGCCUUCCUGGCGAGCUCCGUAACAGGAUCUACGAGCUCGCCCUCCUCGAACCUAACGGCAUCCCCCUCACCAUCGACGACCACACUAUCACUUCAUCCCGCCGGACUCGCCCUUCUAACGAUGACUUCAACUUCGCGGCCAAGUCUUACGCCUACUCCAGAACCCUCCUCCUCGGCCUCCCUCAUACAUGCCGUCGGAUCCGCGCCGAAACUCUCAAGAUCUACUACUCUAUCAACGAACUCGUUCUCUACUUCGAGGGUGUGCAAGUUCUGGGCUACCGCGGUGACGUCUGGAAUGGAGAGAAUCAGGGCAACCAGUUGAUGAAGUGGUGCAAGAUGAUUGGUGUCGACAAGGCGAAAGAGAUCCGCAAGCUUCGCCUCGAUUUCGGGGCUAUAGAGGGUAGUGGACAAGGUGACCUAUGCCUAGAGUUGGCGAAUUCCUUCACGACAAGCGCGAAGAAGAUGCUACACCUAGAGCUUAAGCUGGCAUUCGAGAUCGACUUCGGCCGCUCGUAUGCGAAGAUUGGGGCACCGAAAAGCACCAUCAAGGUUGAGCUAGGAGAUCUGGAAGCGGGGAAGGAGGAGGUGAGGGGCGCGGCGAGGCUCGCGUGCGAGCAGAUCAAGACGAUGAAUAAAGUUCUAUUCAGCCUGUGGAUGUGUGUGAAUGGGGAGGAGCUGGUACUGCUGAGCUUUCUUGGCAAGAUCCCAGCUAAGGUCGAGUCUCAUCUGCCCAAGGCUGCGGGUGACACUAUCAAGGACUCCAAAGACGACAAGCAGUGA